CGGGACUGGAGCAGGAUGACGGCGGGGCAAGACACGGUCAGCGAUUGUGAUUCAUUGUCACGCGUCCCCCUAUGAUGCCCAUCCGCUAACGCGCGCCGAUCGCCAACUGGCGCGCGUCCGCCCGUCUCAGGUCCCUCCAUGACGGAGAAUCCCGAAGAGGCAAUCGGAUCACUCUCAAUUUCGUGUGCGCAUACGCCAACAUUUAUAAUGGCCCCCUCUUCUUCCUAUCGUCCCUUCUCCCGCCAUGCACACACCAACUAUUGCCCAACUCUCCCUAGACGACAUAUAUCGGCGGCUCGCGCCUGUCACGGCGCGCCCCUCCUCCCCCACAGCCUCCUAUACCAACUGGGCUCGCACCUUUGGAUGCAAGCCUCAAGCCAUCUACGAACCGGAGAACGAAUAUCAAUGUGAACUCGCCCUUGAGCUCGCCCGGCGCGAGGGGAAGGUCGUGCGCGCCGCGGGUGUUGGGCACAGUCCCAGCGAUGUUGCGUGCACUACCGAGCUCAUGAUUCGAAUGACUAGGCUCAAUCGUGUGCUCGAGGUCAAUACCGAGAAGAAGUGGGUUGUGGCACAAGGUGGCAUAGUGCUGCACGAUCUGCACGCACAGCUCGCCCAGCACGGACUCGCCAUGCGCAACGUCGGCUCUAUAUCCGACCAGACGCUCGCCGGUAUCAUCACCACUGCCAGCCACGGUUCUGGGAUGGAGUUCGGCGUAUUCUCCACGAACGUCCUGGCUCUCACCAUCCUUCUCGCCAACGGCGCACGCGUCACUUGCUCCGCAUCAGAACAUUCUGAUCUAUUCUACGCGUCCUUGAGUGGCCUGGGAGGCACCGGGUUGCUGCUGGAGAUCAAGCUCGAGGUAGAGGACGCGUUCCGACUGAAGGAAGUCGCAGAGUCGGUACCUUUUGACAUGGCGCUUGACGACUUCGACGCGAUCAUGACCUCCACUCAACAUCCACGCCUGUGGUGGUUCCCCGCGUCCGACACGAUACGUAAGAGCUCUUCAGACCGUACGCAUGAGCCCCGGACGGACAGCGGCAACUGGUUCUGGGACGUCUUGGUCGGCUUUCACCUUGUCCAUCUCUUGCUAUUCAUUGCGCGAUACUAUCGGGAUCUGAAUCUCGCCGUUUGCCGAUUCGUCACAUGGCUCGGUCGCCCGCCCCUCUCUCGAGUAGAUGAUAGUCACAAGAUUUUCAACAUCGACUGUCUAUUCUUGCAGUACACCACCGAAUGGGCGAUCCCGUACGAAAAUUCGCAGGCCGCGCUGCGCGAAAUGCGGACGUGGCUCCAGCGCGAGAUCGCCAGCGCCGACGGCCUACGUCCGCACUUCCCUAUUGAGAUCAGAGUCUCCGCUGCGGACGAGAUAUGGAUGAGCCCCAGCUAUGGCCACCGCACGACGUGGAUCGGCAUCGUCCAAUACAAGCCUUACGGCUUCGAAGUGCCCUACAAGGAACUCUUCACCGGCUUUGAGGAUAUCGUUAUCCGCCACGGCGGCCGCCCGCACUGGGCGAAAGCGCACAAUAUGCGUCCGGACGAUCUUCGCGCACUCUAUCCACGAUUCGACGACUUCGUGCGCGUCCUAGACGAGGUCGACCCUCAAGGCAUGUUUAGAAACGAGUAUGUGCAGCGCCAUAUAUACGGCCAGCAGGGCGACACUGCCGACAAGUACAAAAAGUAGCUCUGCGUGUGCGUUCGACGCAGCAGGAGGUCGAGCUACGAAAAGUAGUUUAUGAUUUUUGCCUAUUUUUUCGGCAGACGCUGGAUACUGGUACUAUACAAGCCCGGACCCUAGCAUUGUUCCCUGGAUUUUCUCCGGCCUUAUAGCCCCACUGUAGCUACUGUAUGUAGUCAUUCGAGUCAUAGCGCCCCAUUGCAUGUAGACGUUGGUGUUGUGUUUGUAUUGGAAUAGAUAUUAGAAUAUGGUGCGGAGG